AUGGAAGUGUGCAAGGGUCGCCUUCUGGGCAUCUCCGUGGCGGUGGCCCACGGCUUCUUCUCGGGCUCCCUCAACAUCCUGCUCAAGUUCCUCAUCACGACCUUCAGCUUCAGGUUCCUCACCCUGGUGCAGUGCCUCACGAGCGGCACGGCGGCGCUCAGUCUCGAGCUGCUGCGCAGGUCCGGCAAGGUGGACGUGCCCCCCUACAGCCUCCAGCUGGCCAAGGUGUUCGCGAGCGUGUGCGUGCUGUCCACGCUGCAGUCCACGCUCACGCUCUGGUCGCUGCGCGGCCUCAGCCUGCCCAUGUACGUGGUGUUCAAGCGCUGCCUGCCGCUCGUCACCCUCGUCAUCGGGGUCUGUGUGCUGAAGAACGCGACGCCGUCCGUCGGGGUGGUGGCGGCGGUGCUCAUCACGACCGGGGGAGCCGCGCUAGCCGGAGCGGGAGACCUAACGGGAAACCCCUUCGGGUACGUGACGGGGGUCCUGGCGGUGAUCAUCCACGCCUCCUACCUAGUGCUCAUCCAGAAAACGAGCGCAGACAGCGACUACGGGCCGCUGACAGCCCAGUACGCCAUCGCCAUCACAGCCACUCCAGUGUUACUCAUCUGCUCCUUCAUCAGCAUGGACGCCAUCGAGAUGUGGUCUUACUCUGGUUGGGCCAACCCUUACGUCACCUGCCUCUUCAUCGCCUCCAUCUUCAUCGGAGGGGCCAUGAACUUCACGACUCUCCACUGCACCUACAUAAACUCGGCGGUCACCACCAGCUUUGUCGGGGUGGUCAAGAGCAUCGUCACGAUCACGGUGGGCAUGCUGGCCUUCAGCGACGUGGAUCCCACCAACCUCUUUGUGGCUGGGGUGGUGGUCAACACCGUGGGAUCCGUCACCUACUGUGUGGUCAAGUACUUCGAGACCAAGAAGAAAAGCAGCUAUCAGGAUCUUGAGGAGGCCAGCAAGGACCAGGAAUUGCCUGGACAGCCUUACACCGAAGAGAAAAGCCCCAACGGAGACACCGGGACGUCCCUUACUGGACCUCUGGGGGGGACCGUGGACGUGAGCAGCCAAUCAGAGCAUCCGGUCACCAAAAACAGCAAAUCAGAGUUCAUCGAACUGCAUAAGGAGGUCAGCCAGGCGAAGAACGAGACGGACGGCUCAUCUCUGAGCGACAGUUACGUUGGAGUGUGGCGAUCCGUCCGUAACGCGAAGUUCUUGAAGAAGGACACAUUAAUUGACAACGAGGAGCUCCAGAGUCCCUGAGGACAGCUCUUUCUGUUUGGAAAGGCUGCAUGUCAUGCUGUUGUCAC